AUUAGUUAUUCAAAUAGUUUGAUAUAUUAGAACAAAUACUGGUGAAUUUUUAAUUGAUGAUUUCGAAAUAUAAGAAAAGUUACUUUACUAUGUCGAAUCAAAUUGUUGCGUUUAUUACUUUCGGUAUUAUUUUGUUUCAUGGAUGCGAGAUGAUUUACGGGACUUUUGUAGUGCCACCUCUUUGCAAGCCUGGUGUUAUUGAAGACAUGCCGCAUCAUAUUAAAAAAGUUUGCCUAGCCUUGGAAAAUUCUGAUCAAUUAACGUCAGCCCUCGAAUCAUUUAUCAAUAGAGAAGCAUCGUCUUUCGUGUCAGCAGAUUUACUUAACAAACUGGAUAAGCGCUCAGAUGUAGAUCAUGUUUUUCUACGCUUCGGAAAAAGACGUUAAAUUGCACGGAAUUCUAUUCUUACAAAAUGAUGACCAAAUAUGAUAAAAAAAAAAACGUGUUUUUUAAAUUAUUUAUUUAUUAAUUUUUUUGUACAUAAAUAUACGUGUAGGUAUGUAUUUAUCUAUUAAUUGAUCUCUUUGUAAUACAUUAAUGCAUUACAAUACAAUUAUAAACGACAGAGCAGCUGUACUUUUAUUUGUUGUCCUCAUCAAUUCUUUGUAACACUUCUAGUCACGACAUGAAUCUAAAAAAAAUCUAUGAUGAAUAUGUGAAUUCAAUUAUAAAAAAAAGAAACCACUAAAAAAAAAAAAAAAUUCCUCUUAUGAAAAACAAAAAGAAAUUUUUAUUUAUUGGUUUAAUGCAUAUGAUUCUGCUAAUAAAGGGUAAUUAAAACAAAUUAAACAAACAGGAGCUUAUAUUAACCAGAUUAAAAUAAUUUAUAAGCACAAUAAAAUAUAUUGAGCCCAAUAUAUUAAGUAAGUGUUAGCUAUCCGCAAGUGUCAAUGUCUUUAAAUAAAUAUACGAUGAAUUCUUAAGGAUUUAAUACAUUUUUUCGACUGCUUAACGUUUAAUUUAUUUCAGGGAUUUCCAAUCUUCUUUUCAGGAUGGAGUGC